AUGCAUGGUGUGCUGUGCAGUACAAUUCUAAGUCUCAGUAAGAGUGGCCUGUUCAGAGCCGGCAGUUCAGUGAAACGCUGCAAGGAACUGAGGAAAAGUUUCGAUGAGGGAGGCUUUCCAGAGUUUGACAGUUGGGAUAUUCUUACUUCGGCCUCCUUAUUGAAAGUUUUCCUCAGGGAAUUGCCUGGUGGACUUAUUCCAGAGCCACACAGGACACAACUGCUGAAGGUGUUCAGGGAUUCAAAAAAGGAUGAACUGAAUCAGGCUGUGAGGACUGUGCUGAACAGUCUUCCAGAAGAACAUUUAAAUGUCCUCUGCUACCUAAUGUUCUUCCUGUCCCGUGUUGCUGCUGAGAGUCAUCUAAAUCUUAUGACGUCUAAAAACUUGUCAAUAGUUUUUGGACCUAACAUCUUUCACGUUCCUUUGGGCCCCACCAUGGUUGAAGAACAGGGGCAGUGUAACGCUUUGAUUGAGCACCUGCUGGACAACCAGAUCCACCUGCUGCCAAACAUGUACCCUCAUGCAUCCACCAGCAAAACAGCAGAGGAAAGGGACUGGACUAAUGAAGAGUGUGUCCAACAACUGCCACUCAAAGAAAUAAGAUUAAAGCUUCCCAAAAUUGGACGACUUGGGCGAUUGAGAAAACGAUUAAGAGGUUUUUGGAGAAAGUUGUGCUCAUGCACUUACAGCAGUGACAUAGAGAGUGGAGAAGCCUCUAGAGACCCAGAUAUAGGAGAGUAAAAGACACUAUAGCUUGUGAGGGUCACCACAAAACACUGGGGCCACUGCUAGACAGUGGGGCCGGGAAGGGCCACUAGAAGACACUGGGGUCGGUGAGGGUCACUGGAAGACAGUGGGGUCGGUGAGGGUUACCGGAAGAUAGUGGUGUUGGUGAGGGUUACGAGAAGACACUGGGGCCAGUGAGGGCCACC